AUGGUAAAUUGGAAUAAAUUUAUUCCUAAUGGGAAUCAAAAGACUAUAGAUUAUGGUCCAUCCGAUGGUUCAAAUACAUCUAUAAAUUCAAAUUCAUCAACUUCACCAUUAAAUAAAACAGGAGAUACAAAAUUUCAUCAAGUCGAAAUUGAUGAAACUCCUGAACAAUAUAUUGAUAUAUCAGUUAAUUUAACACCAGAAGAAUUAGAAAAAAGAGAUAAAUCAUUAUCAUUUAAAAUUAAAAGAUUUUUUUGGGAUGGAACUGGUAAAAAUCCAAUUGAACAAUCAUAUUUAUUAAAACUUGAUUUCUUUCUUUUAUCAUCUUCAUGUUUAGGAUAUACUGCAAAAUAUUUAAAUCAAUCAAAUAUUACAACUUCUUAUGUUAAUGGAAUGUCAGAAUAUUAUAAUAUGAAUAAAAAUCAAUAUAAUUAUAUGGUCACAAUGUUUACAAUUGGUUAUAUAAUAUUUCAAAUUCCAUUAGGUUUACUUAUGCAUCGUGUUAGUCCAAGAUAUUAUUUUGGAAUUACAAUUAUGAUUGUUAGUUGUUUAACUUUAGCAAUGAUUGGUGUUAAAAGAGAUAAUAUUAGUGCCUUAUAUGCUUUAAGAUUUCUUAUUGGAAGUGCAGAAAGUAAUUAUUUUAGUGGAACUGAAUAUAUUUUAGGAUCAAAUUAUGGAACAACUGAAUUAGCAAAAAGAAGUGCUUAUUUUCUGAUUGCUUCUGGAUUAGCAGGUAUUAUUACUCCACUUUUACAACAAGCUAUUAUUAAGACUUUUAAACAUUCUUCAUUAGAACCUUUUCAAAUAAUGUUUGUAUUUGAUUUCAUGAUUAGUUUUGUUAUUGGAGUAUAUACAGUGAUUGUUCAUCCAGGUAUACCUAAAGUAAAUAAAAAGGAUACAUUUUAUUUCUCAGAAAGAGAUGUAUUAGUUGGAUUAGAAAGACGUAGGUUAUUAAAAGCUGAAUUAAAUACUAAACAAUCUUAUUCAUGGGCUAAAAUUAAAUCAUUUUUCAAUACCUAUCAUCCUUUUAUUUUCAGUUUAAUCAACAGAAACCCCUUGAUGGUCAGCGACGACUUAAAACGAAAUUUUGUCAUUUUGGUGACGAACACACUUGCUUACGUGACUUCGACGAUAUCAAUUGCUGUCUGGGACACUAAAUAUCAGCCGGAGUACUUUAUUGGUUUUACAUAUACUGCUUGUUUGUCUGCAUUAGGGUUGAUCGUUACUGCUGUCGUUCAUUUUUUGAUUAAAAGAGAUGAAAAAAAAGCAAAGUUGUUGGAAGAAUCGAAGGAGGCUUCUUCGAUUGAAAGUAUUUAG